UUUUUCAACAGGUUGCUCAAAAUUGUGCAAGGUUUUCAUCAUGAAUUUCUUCUGGAGAAGACUUAGAAAGCCUAUUUUUAACUUAUACCAUUCCAAUAGCUUUUCAAAAAGUUUUCAAUUCCAACAAAACAUUUUGCGGAUGACAGCAGGAUGUUCUAGGUCUCAUAGUUUGUUGAGGUAUGUUUGGAAUUUCCAGUACUAUAAUUUUAUGUGUGACAGAAAAUUUCUAGCAACUUAUGCAUUGACGUAUGCACUCUGUCAUUCUGACCAACAUCAGAAGUUACUCCAGGAACGUGACUUCAUCCUUGCAGCCAUGGUUGGCAACAUCAAAAGGCUUGAGUCAUUGGCUCUAUUGGGUGUUGACGUGAACUGCCGGCAUGUGUAUGGAUGGACUGCACUGCAUGCAGCUGCCAUCAAUGGCCGCACUGAAGCUGUCAAGUGGCUACUCAAGCAUGGGGCUGACCCUAACGCCCAGGACAAUUUUUCUAAUAUUUAUCAAGUGGCCAGGGAAAAUCGCACAAGUCCAACAAAUGUUGAAGUUGUGCGUGAAUCAGAGUUUAGCACACGGCUUAAUCACAGUCAAAUGUUCCGGGGCUGCACUGCUCUGCACUACGCUGUCCUCAGUGAUGACACACCCACCAUGCAGGCACUCCUUGAUGCUGGCGCGGAUCCCACGUUGUGCAACGAGUACAAACUACCACCAGCUGACUAUGCCCGAGAUAUUGGCAUGAGGAAGUUGAUGCAAAACCACAUGCAGAGAUUUGAACACAAGAAGAAAGAGCAGCAAAUUGAAGAGAGAAGAAAGUUUCCAAUUGAACAGAGGAUAAAGAAGAGCAUCAUUGGCCAGACUGGAGCCAUCAGCACUGUCUGUGCUACCAUUCGUAGGAAAGAAAAUGGCUGGUGUGACGAUGAACAUCCUCUGGUGUUCCUCUUCCUGGGCUCCUCAGGAAUCGGGAAGACUGAGCUCGCCAAGCAGAUUGCGUCUUAUCUUCAUAAAGACCACAAGGAUGGCUUCAUAAGAAUGGACAUGUCAGAGUACCAGCAGAAACACGAAGUAUCAAAAUUUAUUGGGUCACCUCCUGGUUACAUAGGCCAUGAUGAAGGCGGUCAAUUGACUACAAAAUUACGGAAGAAUCCCAACGCCGUGGUACUCUUUGAUGAAGUUGAAAAAGCACAUCCAGAUGUGCUGACAAUCCUUCUCCAACUUUUUGACGAGGGCAGACUAACUGACGGCAAGGGCAAAACUAUCGAGUGUAAGGACGCUAUUUUCAUCAUGACUUCGAACCUCGGCAGCGACGAGAUCGCCGGUCACGCCUUGCAGCUACGCGAGGAGGCGGAGGCGCUGUCCGCUCAUCGCUACGACCAGGAACCGAGCGACGAGGCCGUCGAGGCGCCGCUCACCAUAUCGCGCAAUUUCAAGGAAGCUGUCAUCCGCCCUAUCCUGAAGAGCCACUUCCAGCGUGACGAGUUCUUAGGACGCAUCAAUGAGAUCGUUUACUUUGUUCCUUUCUCGAGAGCUGAACUGCUUCAACUCGUUCGUAUGGAACUAGAAGCUUGGAUUCAACGGGCCGAGAAGAAACAUUCGAUAACAUUGAAAUUCGACCCUUUGGUCCUGGAUGCCCUCGCUGAUGGCUACAAUGUUCACUACGGAGCUCGUUCCAUCAAACACGAAGUGGAGCGACGCGUCGUGAACCAGCUCGCCCUGGCCUACGAGAACGGCGUUCUAUCCAAAGGCUGCUCGGUGCUGGUGACUGCUGUAGUGCCCUCAACACCGCAGGAGAAAGCCAAGCCUAUCAUAGACUCCAACACUCCUAUAGUUCUUAAGGUUAAAAAGGAUAAAGACUCCGAGUUCAAAGAAGUCGAUCCAUCUAGUCAAUUGAAGAAUUAGUAAGUUUAUUUGAUUAUCUUGUAAUAUACUGUUAUUUACUAUAGUGUUAGUGUUAGACACCGGUCGAAUAGCGGACAUUUGAAGCAUGAGCAAUUGUAAAAAUUGAGCGCUAUUUGUCAGCAUUAUCGUACUAUAACCAUUUAUUACUAGGUCUUUGUAUGGAUUUAAUGAAUUUAUAUUGAGAAAAGGCUUGAACAAUUUUGUUGCAUCUCAAUCAAUGAUUGCCUAAGACUUUUAUUGCCUUAUUAAAUGAUCAGAAGCGUGAAAUAUUCGCUCUCUCUUACUCUCAUUGUAUCAAAUGUUCCAUUGCAUCCUACCUAAUGUUCUGAAGAAUGAAAUAAGUAAAAAGUAUAACAUUUAUUUCAG